UUAGACGAGGCUUUGAGUUUGACCGGAGAGAGCUGGAAAUGUGGGCAGGAUCUGAGGCUAGGAAUGCUGGACGAGAACUUUUUAAACACUGUCUUUGUGUGUAACCUAAAACCAUAGAGGUGAUCAGCAUCCACUGUGACCCAUAUUUUCAAGAGAUUCACCUAUGACCUCAAGGCACAUACUGCAUUUGGCUCAUACAUAGUAACAUGUCCUGUUUAGGUCACGCUUUUUCUCCUUCAGACAUGGACGCUCGGCAGCCCAAAGUAACAGAGGACUCCAGCACCAAACAAGGUGGUGAUGUUGCUGUGGAUGCAGAGCUGGCCAAAGCCAUCACGUCUCGGCGGUUCCACCCAUCAGCCAUCAGUCCUGAGACGUGGGAGGGAUACAUCUUCUCUGAUGUGGAGAUACGGAUCAAAGAAUCCACAGACCUCUACGGAGCUGUACUCUGGCCCUCGGCAAUGGUGCUGGGCCAUUUCCUGGAGACGAACCAAGACAAAUUCAACCUGGCACAUAAAAAUGUGAUUGAACUGGGAGCCGGAACUGGGCUUGUCACCAUUGUAUCCAGUCUGUUAGGUGCUAAAGUAACGUCCACAGACCUGCCAGAUGUGCUGGGAAACCUCCAGUACAAUGUGACAUGCAACACCAAGGGCAGAUGCAAAUACAUCCCUGUGGUCACGGAGCUCAUCUGGGGUCAAAACGUGGCUGAACAUUUCCCUUGCGCUACACAUCAUUUCGACUACAUUCUGGCAGCAGACGUGGUGUACGCGCACCCUUAUCUGAAUGAGCUCAUGGACACCUUUGACUACCUCUGUCAGGACGGCACUCAGAUACUUUGGGCCAUGCGUUUCCGGCUGGACCCGGAGAAUAGCUUUGUGGAUCGCUUUCAGCAGCAUUUCCACCUUGAGGAGCUGUAUGACCUGCCCAGCCUGAGUAUAAAACUGUACCGAGCCUGGAGGAAGGACAAGAGGACCAAGGACCACAAAGAGGCCGCUGCAUGAGCUCAAAUAACCAGAACAUUGAAUGUUUACUAUAAAGUUGUGUCUCACCUUUGAUUCAUUGUUUACAAUGCUAUCAGCACACAUAUAGAAAUGCACAGUCAUGCUACUUCAUUAUUUUAAUUGAAAAUUACUUUAUUUGAAUGUUAGACAUAAUUCUGUAAUUACUUUUUCAAUUAAACACUACAAUGCUG